AUGGAGAUUCAAAAUCACGACUUCGAUUCAUGCUUUCCGAAAGUAAAAUAUUGGAGAGAAAAUGUUCUCUACCAAUUUCAAGGUUUUUGGUUCAACCCUAAACAUCUCCAAGCAACCAAACAAGAACUUGACCACUUCAAACCCCUUCCUAAUGAUGUAAUCCUAGCAUCUUUUCCUAAAACCGGCACCACUUGGCUCAAAGCCCUCCUCUACUCCGUUAUCAAUCGCCCCAGCUCCAUAAAUCAGUUAGUUACCAACCACUCCCAUGAGCUUGUCCCAUCCCUCGAAAUGCAAGUCUACGGACGACCGGUUGCUAAUUCCCCUCCUGGUCAUUUUCCUUCCAACACCUCGUCAUCCACUAGAAUUUUGAGCACUCAUAUACCAUACCAGAUCCUUGGUGAAACUUUGAAUUCAUCGGACUGUCGGAAAGAGAGCUUGGAAAGGCCCGAGAAAUUCUUCUUUAUAACGUAUGAGGAAUUGAAGAGUAAUCCCAUUACUCAUGUGAAGAGAUUGGCCGAGUUCUUGGGUUGUCCUUUUGUGGGUGAGGACAUGGAAAAGCAAGUGGAGGUGGUGGUGAGGAGUUGUAGUAUUGAGACUUUGAAAAAUCAUGAGGUGAAUAAGUCUAGUGAUGUGCCGAGUUGGUCUAUGGUGCCAUAUGAUGCCUUCUUCAGAAAAGGGCAGCUAGCUGCCACAACUCCUAUUUCUUCGCUGUUUGAGGCCAGCUUGCUCGUUUGGCGGCUGACCUAA